AUGCCGCCAAGGCAGCAGAGGAAGGUUCGGGUAAAAACCUCGCUCUCCGCUUUCGCAGACGACGACGAUUCAGACGACGAAAAGCAACACCAACGAGAAGAAGAAACGAACGACGGCGAAUUACCGUUGGUGUCGUUCAAAGGCGAUACGCGAGUCCGGACGCAGCACCGACCGUCGUUCGUUCCGAAAGAAGUGCAGAGGAAACGCGACGAAAAGGAUAAGGCCCCGGGUGAUGAUGAUGAUGCUGCUGCUGAUGAUGAUGAUGAUGAAAAUGUUUCGAAGAAACGAAAGAGGAGAUGUGUAGGGGAAGAAGGUGAAGGAAAAGAGGAGAAAAAAUUGGAGACGCGCGCGCGACGGGACGAGUACGAGCAACAACAAGAACAACAACAGCAACAACUAGGACAACCUCAUAAUCCGUUGUCCUCGAACGUGAUCGUGAAAAAUCUCCCAUCGCGAGAGGAUUUUGAGUCGUUAUUUCGCGAGGAGUCAGGACGCGCUCGACAACUGUUCGAGAGGAAAAUCUUGGAAGCGUUCUCGGCGUUUGGACCGAUUGCGUCGUUGUCGAUCAAAAAGAGCGGCGGCGGGUACAAUAGCAAUAGCAACAACAAAAGCGGGUCAUCGAUGGCGUUCAUGGCGUUUUUGGCGAAAUCGAGCGCGGAGAAUGCAAUCGAAAAAAUGAAUAGCGGCCAAUUUUUGUUCUACGGAGUGAAGUUGGAAGCGAGUUUAGGCGGCGCGGUGGUGGUUUCGGAGAAGGUAUGGCCGCCUGCGCCGGUUACGGAAAUAAGGAAGAUUGCGAAUGACGAAGACGAACCCGACGAAGACGACGAGGAGUCGCGAAGGAUGCUGUAUUUGGACGAGAAUAUUCACAUGCGAGGUGAAGUGGAAGCGCGGUUGACCGCACCGGCGCCUUUUUUGAACUUUGACGCAGAUCAUCGAGAAGAAGAGGAAGAAGGUAUCGUUAAAGUCCGUUUCCCGAAAGAUUACGCGCAAAUGAAACGCAUCGAUGUCACGGCGACGUUUGUUGCCGAGGAUGGGAAAGCCGUCGAACACAGAAUCAAAGCGAGGAAGAAAGAUGAUCCCGAUUUUGCGUUUUUGUUUGAUACGAUUGAGGAGAACGAAGAGACUGUUUAUUAUUUGUGGAGAGUGUUUUCGUUAGCCAACGGCGAUUCGCUGACUUCGUUUCGAACGGACCCGUUUCGGAUGUUUACGCCGAACGGGAAAAUUUGGGUACCACCAGCUGGAGGAAUCGAGAUGGCACCAAAACAUAACAGUAGUAGCGCGAAAGACUCGAUGUUGUUGUCUGCGCAGUGGCCAACAUCCAACGGCGCGGGUAUCGGCGCUUCCUCCUCUCUCGUCGAUUACAAUCUGGAUCGAGGAGAAACGCAGAAUGCACUCUCCGAGACGGACCAAAAACACUUGCAAGAACUCCUAUCGCUUUUAACACUCGAACGCGAACGCGUGCGAGAAGUGACGACGUUUGCUAUCGAUCACGCGAUUUGCGCGGAGGAAGUCGUCGCGAAACUGAGGGAAGAAAUGGACGCGCAAAAAGAGUCGCAAAAACCACUCGAAGCGCAAGUCUCUCUCCUCUACGCCUUCUCUGACGUCCUUCACAACGCCUCGGCACCGGUCAAGCACGCGAGUAGCUACAGAAUGGUAAUCAAACGCGCUUUACCGGACGUAUUUAAAGCUUUAGGCGAAAGUUUAAAACACUGCGGCGUCAUAGCGAAGCCGCCGUUCAUGACGAGAGUUUUGCGCGUGUGCAAAGCGUGGAGAGAAUGGUACGCGUUUGACGUUUCGUUUUGCGACGAGCUCGAAGAGGCAUUUCUUGGUGAUAAAGUAGUUCAAUGA